GAUGCCAGCUCUCCUCCAGCUGCCUCAGAACCAGGAGAGGUCCAAACCCUCCGAACCAUCCGGUCUGGUUCUUCGGUUCUGCUCAGUGACUCUUCACAAGAGAAACUUUCCUCCCAGAAUUCAUCAGGAGUUGACCGGAAAUGAAAACCCCGCGGACACGCGCGCGCGCGCGGUGGGCGCCUAUAAAAGCAGCAGUCCGGCCCCGAUGGAAGCCGAACGAGAAGCUGCGGAGCCGCACGGACACGCACACGCGCACCGCCCUGACAGACAUGAACGGCUCCACAGCUCUGAUCCUGCUGCGCGGCUUCCUGUUCGCGGCCGCAGUCACGGCAGCUCCCGGCGCCCCUCCCUCCUUCCGGGAGGCAGUGGAGGGCGCGAGGACUCUGGUGGGGAAGAUCCUGGAGGGGGUCCCCCCCGCCUACAGCGCCGCCGUCAGCGCGCAGGGCUUCACUCUGGACCCCCCCGUCCAGAACCUGAACCUCCACCUGCUGACCCUGUCCCUGCACAUCCCCGCCCCCCCGGUCCUGAAGCCGGUAUCGGAGAACUUCCCCCUGGACACCUGUGUGAGCCGCAUGGCUGGGGGGGUCCAGCUGCACCAGAACCUGCUGGCGGUUCUGUCCGGCAGGCUGUCCGGUUUGGAGGAGCUGAAAGCGGAUCUGCGGGACCUGCUGGCCCACAUCAUGAAGCUGAAGGAGGCGGCUCUGAUCCGAGGCGACGCUUCGGAGCAGAACCGCGGCUCGGACCUGGAGGCCCGGCUCACCGACAGCUACACGGUCCAGGUGGCGGCGCACGCCGUGCUCACGCAGCUGCGCUCCUUCUGCCAUGACCUGAGCCGCAGCUUUAGAGCACUCGCCGCCUACAGGCCGCACCUCUGAAGGAAGCCCCGCCCACUUCCAGCCCAGGUAAAGAGGCUGUAGGAAGGAUCAGACGAGCUGCAGGAACACGUCCUUAUCUCUCCCCGAGACCUGGAUCAGAUCUGGAUCACGCCGCGGUGCCGUUUCAGUGAAGGAUUAGCAGCAGGAAUGCGGCCGCAGGACAAACACGCCAGAACUUUCCAGGAACAGAAGAAAAGAGCGAGGCUGGAAGUUCUGCAGGUCUGGACCUGCUCCGGACUGCCAGCAGCUCCUUCUGCUGCAGAGGAGGAGGAGCAGAGGAUCCAGCACCUCCUGCUCCAGUCCUGCUCCUCCUGCCUGAGCUGCAGAGGAGGAGAUGUGGAGCGUCUGCACCUCCUGCUUCAUUCCAGCCGUUUUCAGAGGAAAACGUUCCCCAGACCGUAAGCUUUUAUUGUGAAAGGGCAGCAGGAACUGCAGCUUCCUGAUUUCAGGAGGAGUCUCCUGAACGUCUGCUGGACUGAAACGUUUAUCGUCUGAUUCUCAAAGACUUUCACUUUGAAACUUUUGUUUACUAUUUAUAGAAAUAUUUAUCAACUUUAUUUAUGAAGCUAUUAUUUAUUGAUUGAUAUUUAUUGAUUAUUUAUUGACUUUCUGUGUUCAGAGAGGGUGUUUUUCUAGAUUAAUGACAGUCAGCUUCAUGUUCAGAUCAAAGUUUAUUGUAACCUAGGUGCAAAUUGGUUAUGCAUAAAUGUUUUAGUUUCAUCGAUGUGUUUUGUUUAGUUAUAAGUAGCUCUAAAGUUUGAGCAGCACUUGAACGUAUCAGCAGGUUCCCCAAUCUCUACGUGGGGUAUCUAGCUGUUGGGGUAUCUAGCUGUUGAUCAACGGCCAAUCAGGAACGACGUUAGUCAAGCAAGCCCUGCAACGCAGACACUGCUCGCGGCUUUUGGCGCCGUUGGCUUUUCCUUUUGGGCCUCAGAAGGGAUGAUCCACUGCUGACCGAGCUGAACGUGAGCUGAACACGAGUUGAACACGAGUUAAACACGAGUUAAACAUGAGUUGAACACGAGUUGAACACGAGAUGAACACGAGAUGAACACGAGCUGAACACGAGUUGAACACGAGUUGAACACGAGUUGAACACGAGUUGAA